AUGAGUUCAGAUGUGACAUCUGGCAAUGAAAAUGCCAAUGAUGUAUCACAUUUAUCUUCCACUCCGACAACGACUUUAGAAUAUAGUCGAACAGUAUCACAAGAUUUACGUUAUCUUGAUGAUGCUCUUACUCAUGCUAUUGAUCAAUUGACAAUAUUUAAUAGUGAAACAAUGUCUGAUCUUUCACUUAAAUAUGAACUAAUGCGUAAUAAUGAAAGUCGUGUUAUUGGAUUUUUUGCUCGUCAAUUGAUGUUAUUACAAAUGCAAAGAAACAAUAGACAAAAUGGUGGUUUUCAUAGUGAAUAUUCUAAACUUGAUCGUUUUUUAUCUGUUAUUAAUCUCAAUAAAAAAUCUAUUGAAUAUAUUGUACAACGAAUAACAUUUGAUGAUCUAUUAAGUAACAAAACAUCAGAAUAUGAACAAAUUUUAUAUGAUGCUGGUAUAACAGAAAUUGAACAAAAAGAUUUUCAUAGUGCACUUACUGCACUUAAAGAUUGCAUCGAUUAUUUUUCUAAUGGUGGUACAAAUGAUAAUGGACGUUUUUAUUGGCAUACAGAAAUAUCAACUACACCUAAAAAUUCUCAACAUCGUUUGUCAGAUACUGUUCUUCUAACGCCACCUAAUACCGAUACAGUAAGAUCAAUAUCUGUAUCUUCAUCGGUCUCAACGGACUUUGGAGUUACAACGAAUAAUAAUAAUAAUAAUAAUCAAAUGACAGUACCAUUAUCUCCACAUACACGACGAACUAAUCCAUCUCAUACACCACCACCAUCUCGUUUAAAUCAAUUAUAUGUAAAUGGAAAAGGUAAAUGUGAACAUCCAAGUAAGAAAAGUACAGUUGAUCCUUCAAUUUUUAAUACUAAUAUUAAUCUUCCUCGUAAUACAGAUCUACAAUUACCUAUUGAAGGUAAUUCAUCUCGUCGAAGUUCAUAUGGUUCAGAUUCAGAAAGUCGUUUAGCUUCUGAAUUUGAGCAAAGUUAUAAGAAUGAAAUAAAUAAUCAUUAUCAUCCAUCGGCUAUGCGUAAGAUUGUUGUAAAAUUUCAUAAAAGUUCAUUACAUUCUAAUAAUACAUUAUCAUCUAUUAAAAAUCGACAAAAUUUGGAUAAUUAUCAACAAUCAAAUGAAAAUGAUGAAAAUAAAUCUUCAUUGAAAACAAAAAAAAAUAAAUUAUGGCCUAAAUCUAAUUCAAAAGAUGGUUCUGCAACACCUAAAUCACCUACAAUACGUUCUCCAACAAUGUCAAGUUCACCAUUAGGUUCAGCACAAAAUAGUGAUGCUGAAAAUGAUAUAAAAACAUCGGAAGCACUCACUUAUAAUACACCAUCACCUAUUCUUAGACAUCGAAUGGCACAUAAAAUUCAACAUAAGUUUGAUAGAACACGUGUUUUCAAAUUUUCCUUUUGUGACGUCUGUAGGAGACAGGUGUUUCGAGGAAAAGCAUGUCUUCAUUGCAAAUAUAAAUGUCAUAAAGAAUGUGUACAAAAUGCUCCACCUAAUUGUGGUUUUAGUGAAGUUAAAUUGAGACGAGCAAUUGAUAAUACUGAUAUUCAAAAUGCUCUUGCUAGUACCAGUCCAUUGCCACGUAAAUAUCCUUUUCUACCAUGGGAUAGUACAAGUCCGACAGCAUCAACACCAUUAUCUGCACCUGAUUCACCAGCAACACAUCUAACAACAUCUGGUUAUAAUUUUAAUCCAUCUAUAUGUGUUAGUGAAACAAUUUAUUCUACAUGCAUUCUUAUUUUUCCUUUAGCUCAAAAUGAUCCGGAUAGUUGGGUCGUUAUUGAGACGACUAAUAAAACUCCAACAGAAAUUCCUGGAUCACAAUCAGAUAGUGAUACAAAUUCAACAAUUCAUACAGAUACAGGAACAAAUACAACUGAUUCAACCGUAACAACACAUAGUAAAUUAAUACGACAAAUAUCACAAAGUGAACCGACAAAUCCUAGACGUGAAGAACUUGCUAAAUUAAAACUUUUUGAUAUUAAUUCAUUUGAUGAUGAUGAACCUGAUCCAGAUAAACGAAUUAAGAAUCUUGCAUCAUCAUUACAAGAUUGGGUUAUUGGAUUUAAUAAUAUUAAAAUGAUUGAAGAAGUACGACGUUCAUCUGGUACACUAAUGAAAGCUCAUUGGCAUGGUGAAAUAGCUGUACGAAUAAUAAAACCUGAUUCAAAAAUGAAUGAAAUACAAUUUCUUGAUCUAUUUAAAAAUCAAGUAUUUCGAUUACGAAAAGUUCGACAUGAACAUUUAAAUUUAUAUACAGGUGUUUGUAUUGAAAGUCCAAAUCUUGCAAUUGUUUCAAAUUGGAUUCGUGGUUUAAAUCUAUUUGAAAUGAUUCAUAUUCGUAAUGAUUCAAUUCCACUUAAUACAGCUGUACAAUAUGCUGCUCAAAUAGCUCAAGCCAUGAGUUAUUUACAUGAAAAAUCAAUAAAUCAUAUGUCAUUACGAACAACAAAUAUAUUUGUACAAAAUAAUCGUAUUAUUAUAACUGAUUAUGGUUUAAUACCAUUAAGUAAAUGUUUUCGAAUAACAAAUCAACCAGCUAUUAUUGCACCACGUGGAUGGCUUAGUUAUUUAGCACCAGAAAUUAUACGUAAACUUGAUCCACGUAAUGAACAAACACUUUUACAACAUACACCACAAACAGAUGUUUAUGCAUUUGGUACUGUUUGGUAUGAACUUUUAUUUCGUGAAUUUCCAUUUGCUAAACAACCACCAGAAUAUAUUAUUUGGAGAGCAGGAAAUUCACUCAAACAACCAUUAAGUAGUGUACAUAUUAGUAAAUAUGCGAAAGAUAUAAUUAAUCAAUGUUGGUCGUUUGUACCAGAUGAUCGACCUGAUUUUGCAAUGUUAUGUAAAUCAUUAAGUAAAAUGCCAGGUAAACGAACAUUAGUACGAUCUCCAUCAACUCCUCUUCAAUAUAAUACUCGACCACAUAUUGAAGCACAAUUCUAA